UUUCCACUUCUUCCCAAAAUUGUAUUUUGAAGACAACCCAAAGUAGAGCAUGUUCUGGGUGUGGCUGCAUGUGAUUUACCCAGUAGCCAAAGUGGGGGGAACCGCUGAAGGGGAAAGGCAGAGCGUCUGCUGCUGAAACAAGUGGAGACCGAGGGCAGCAGGAUGAAGACCUCUGGAGCCUGUACGCUGUUGUGUCUCUUAGCUUUCUUCUUGUCCCCAGCCGACUGGUUUCCACGGGCCGUCAAUGGGCAAGAACCGGACAGUGUAACUGGUGAAGUUCAAACUGACUCUUUCAUCAGCACACCUGCUGCAGCUGUAACACCACCUGUUCUUCUUAGUCCUGUUCAGUCUGACAGUGAAACCACAACAGCUUCAUCAGAUUGUCGUGAAGAGCAGUUCCCUUGUACACGCCUGUACUCUGUUCACAAGCCUGUGAAGCAGUGUAUCAGCUACCUCUGUGUUACAAGCGUGCGGCGCAUGUACAUAAUAAACAAGGAGGUGUGCUCCCGCAUUGUCUGCAAAGAGAACGAGGUCAUGCAAGAUGAGAUCUGCCGCCAGCUGGCUGGCCUUCCUUCUCGACGUCUCCGCCGAUCGGGGCAAUUCGCACAUCUCCCCUGCAGACAGCUCCUGGAGCAGCAGCAGAGAAGCCCUGGUGCUCUGUAAGCUACCAGCAGUAGAAGAGAAAAAGGAAGGGAGAGAAGAGAAAUCAUCAUCUGCCACCUACAACCCAAGAGAAGUCCUUCUUGCUUGUUGUGAUUCCCCCACCAUUUCCUUACUUCUCUGCAUUCUCCCACAUCCUCUUCUUCAGGUGCUGCAGCACACAGAGUCCCUGUCUGCUACCCUGUCGUCGUGGCUGCUCUUAUCCUCUAUCUGUUGCUGAGGAUGUGGGAUGCUCCCCUUCUCUUUCAGAUUCUGUUCAGCAGGCCAUGAUCUGCUCAUUUCCCAGAGGUCCUUAUAACUGUGCUGCAUCUUCUCUUCUUUGCCCCUGCAGAGAAACCUGAAUGAGACAGGAUGUAAUCCUCUCCUAUGGCAGAGAUGCCCUAGGCUGUCUCAUGUGAAGGAGUGCAAACCCUGAUGCCCUAGACUUUACGCCUUUGCCUAGGUUUCUUGCAUGGCAUCAGUGUGAGUUCUGAUACACUUGCUCGGCCUGUGCUUCUCCAGUCCUGCUCAGCCACUGAGUUUGCUCUGUGAUAGCACAGACUCCCUCUGUCUGCUGGACUCAGAGAAGUGACAGGACAGGGAGAUGAGCUGUCCUCAACCCAAGACAAACCUCAUUGUCCCUGUAUGGCAGCAGAUCAUUUAUAACUACCUCUGGGAAGUUCUUUCAAGCCCAUUGCCUCCCUCAUACACAAAUGCUACCAAAACGAAGAACUCUGGAUUUAGUACGGCAUUAUAUUUUUCUCAAGAAGAUCAUGUUGGAUCAGAGGAGAUCUCUCCUCUCCUCUCCUCUCCUCUCCUCUCCUCUCC